CAGGGUCUUUGCACAGAGCAGCUGCCUCCCACAAACUGCCCAGUCCCUUAGAGAGGCGAUUGAAAUAGAGGUUGUAGCGUGGGCGCCACUGCUCGGUCCAGCCCCUCCGAGAUCCCCUGAUGAUGGCCCUGCAGCUCCUGCCCCAUCCAGCCUUCCUCAGGUUGGGCAGCACCCUGCCCUUGGUCCACGGGUAUGCCUUCUGUCUGUCAGUGGUUGGUGAGUGGAGGGCAGUGAAAACGGAGGGGGGACAGCAGAACUGCUCCAGCCCAGCUUCACAGAUCCACCACGCUGAGGAGCGUGUGUAUGCAUGGAGAGCGGGAGCCUUAGUGACGUUCCUGUGUCUCCAGUCCUGGCUGGACACUCGCCUGGCCUGGAACACGAGUGUAUACCCGCAGCGUGUGGUCACGCUGCCCUGGGGCUCACUCUGGAUGCCGGGCCUCAUUGUCCAGGAGGCGCUCGGGGUGGACUGGCAGGACCAGAAGCCACAGGCCCGAGUGGACCCAGAUGGCCAUGUCGGGCUCUACCUGGCCCUCACCACAGAGACCAACUGUGACCUUGAGCUCUUUCCCCUCCCCAGGGACACAGCAACUGCAGCCUCAGCUUCUGUGCUCUUGGGGGCUGGGGCGGGGGAGCUUCCAGCACCUUUGACACCAGCGCAGGAUGAGCAGGAGUUCCAGGUAAAUGAGAUUGUGGGCGUCAAGGGGGAAUAUGUAGUCUGGGACUUGAAAACCCAAAUCAGACCCCAGCAGCUUGUGCCCUGCUUCCAGGUGACACUACGCCUGCACAACACAGCACUGGAGGCCAUCAUGGCUCUGCUGGUGCCCGGGGAGGCGCUGCCGUUUGCUGACAUGUGCGGUGGGUUGCUGCCCCUUCAGGUCACCCAGCACAUUGCCUGCAAGGUGGCCCUGCUGCUGGGCUAUGAUCUCGUCUUCUACUCCUCCCUGGUGGCUCUGCCCAGCUCUUCUUCUUGCAACCCACUGCUCAUUUACUAUUUCACCGACCUGCCGCUCUUCAACACCACGGAGUCUGUGCCGCUGGCCGGGUUGCUGGCCCAGGGCAACCUCAGGGCCAGGUGCAGCCCCAGCUCGGCCUUGAGGUGGGAAUAGCAAGAUCGUGGCCACGAACCUGAAGGAGUCCCCAGAGGAGGACAGGGCUCAAGGAAGAGCUGGGAUGAGGCUGCUGAGCAAAUCUUCCUGGUGUAUGAUGGGGUGAUAUGCAGCCAAUUCGUCUUCGCUGGUCUCUGGGUGUGGGUGAUGUGCAAGUAUGACCCAGUCCCUGACGAGGCUGCACCCCAUGGAGGGCAGCCCAGGCUGUACCAGAGCAGGGCUGGGGCUGCAGACCUGGGGGAGGGCCAUAACAGGGUGUGCUGGACCCCAGACAGCAAGGACAGCGAGUAUUCCUGCUCCAGCUGCCCGGGGGGCAGAACACCCCUAGGCGUCAGGACUGUGGGCUGA